UGCUUUCACUGGGCUUGCAAAGGGCUCAGCAGUUAGUCCAACAGUUAAAUUUCACUUUUAUCUUAUGGAACAGUUUUGUAUAACAUUAUAUAUUUUGUUUGCAAUUGAAGCAAAGGAAGAGUGAUUUUAUGUGACUGCGGUCCAACCUUUAAAAUAAUGUUUUGCAGUCGUCACAAAGGAGGCCUUCAGCGUAUUGUGCACAGUUAAGUUUUGUUUUGCCAUGCAGUUUGUUUGCAUGCAGGAAAUAAUUUAGCUUUUUCUUUUUCUUUUCUUUUCUUUUUCUUUUUUUUUUCAGUAGAUCUUGACAGAGUUGUUUAAAUCAAGAUCUAUCACAAAAUAACAAGUUAGCGCUGAAAGUAACUAAGGUGGAAGGAAAGGGUCAGUCCAUCUUUUUAUUUCUCUUAGGCUUUCAUUGAUACCAGAACAAGUAAACUAAGGAUGGGUCAACUGUGUGGAAAGUGCAUGAAGCUGCUGCAGGACUUUGUGUCCUUUGUAAAGAGAAUGUCCUCAAGUCUGGUGCAGAGAAUUAAGGAGUGCUUGGUUAUGAUAAGUGAAUGCUUUUGCCUAAAACGAAAUGGCUCUGAAGCCAGGCAGCUAUACAAACCUGUCCUUCAGCCACAUGAAAAGGAAACUGCACAAGAAUUUCUGCAACACAUUGAAACAGGUUUUAAAAUGUCACUGCUUGGAAAGAACUGUCUGGAGGCUCUGAGAAAGUUAGCAUUUUCAGAAAACCCUGGCUUGCAACAGUCUGCUGCGCUCUAUUACUUACACCUGAGCCAACACUUGACCAGCCAGCUGCCUGAAGAACAUUUGGAACCUUAUUAUGCUUUACUACAGUCCAGUGAUGUAGAGGUUCAACAGAUGUCUUCCUUGUCUCUUGUCAAUUUUUUGCUGGAAGGAAACAUAAACAGAGACCUAGUUGUUCAAAUGGGUUUACUCGAGCCAAUUCUGGAGCUUCUUGAGUUGGAGGAUUUCACUGUCCAGUGUAACGCCUGUGCCUGCAUAAUGACCUUGGCUGCCUCAGAGUCCAACCGAGAGGCCAUAACUUCAGCAGGAGGUGUCAUACCUUUACUGGCACUGGCCAACUCCUAUGAUCCUAGGGUCCAACAAAAUGCAGUUGGAGCUAUUCUUAACCUCACACAAUCAGAAUGGAUCCAACAAGUCCUGUGCAGGGAGGGAGCCCUCCCAGUUCUUACCUUGCUGUUAGAGUCUCCUGACACAGAAGUGCAGUAUUACAGUUGUACUGCUCUAAGCAACCUGGCAGCCAACUCCCAUCACCAUGAAGCGAUGCUGAGAACUGGUGAAGGGUUCCUUCUGCGGACACUCAUUUCUCUCUUGUCUUCAUCUGUGGAAAAGGUAAAGAAGAGAAUAUGGGGCGAGGUUUCAAGCCAGGCUUGUGUGUGUUUGAGAAAUUUGGCUGUAAGUGCGCACAUCCAGGCUGACAUCAUUGCUAUGGAUGUCCUGCCCCAGCUGCUCUCCCUUCUUGCAUCCAACAGUACAGACGUUCAGCAAGCUUCCAUUGCGCUCCUUUGGAAAUUAUCCCAACACCCAGGCAACCAGGACACGCUUACAUGUGGAGAGAUGCUGAACACCCUGGGCAGGCUACUGCUAACUCAUAAAACAGACCCAGUGCUUGUUGGUCAUGCUGCCUGCAUAAUUAAAAACCUGAUCCUUCCCCAAAACAUGCAGAGAAUCAUGGAAAGCUCCUGUUUUGAAGGACUCCUCUAUACCAUUCUCUCUUCUGAUGUUCAAGAAGAACCUCUUCAUUAUGUGAUAGCUUGUCUUGCUGAGCUGGCAAAGCAUGAAGGAUCUGCCUUACACAUGCUACAGUGGAUGGAUGAAUCCCUAAUAAAAUGCUUAGUGAAACUAGCUGGCCAACUGCAACAUACAGAGCCCUCAUUUCAAGCUGCGUCCAUUAUCCAGCAUGUGAUAUGUCAUGAAAAGGUGAGGUCUCUGUUGAAAUACCACAUUACAGAGAUUCAGUACUACCUAAUGAAUUUUCUCACCCACCGAGAGAUUCGUUUUCAGCAGCUGGGCAUUUCCACCAUCUGCAAAUUACAGGAAGAUCCAGAAUUUUCAUCAGCCAUCAGGCAAAGUCAACUGAUGGAGCAUCUUGAGAGGGUCCAUCAACAGACAGAAGAAACACAAAAGCUUCUAAGGGUGGUUAUCAGCCACAUGGACAUUUAACCCCUUUGUUAGUCAGCCAUGGAAGCUUUGAGAAGAAUAUACACAGGGUCUGGUCUUCUUUCAGACUAGAGUUCAUGCUGCCCUAUUAGUUUACAUAAAGAGAAUGUGGUAUAGUUACUUGUCUUUGUUCAGUGCCAGCUAGAGUUUGAACAGUGCUUCUAUGCAGUGGUCGAUGACUUGCUCUUGUCUUUAGAAUGGGUUUUGGACCAAAUCUUGAAGACUCUGAGCCUGAGUCAUAAUUGUUCCAGGGCUCUCUUUGCCAGCAGAACUGGUGCAGAGAGAACAGCAACUAUCAUUCUAAGUCCCCUUGGUGAAUACUGUUGGUGCAGGGAGUCUUUCUGGCAGUUUUGUAGGGUCCCCUUGUACAAGUUUGCGCCUCAGUCUACAGGGCAGGCAGGGCAGGAGGAAGGGUCCUGAAAUUGCCCAGAUGUGAAAGAUAAGUCCAGUCCAGUCUUUCACCUUUAGUAAUUCUGCACUCCACAGAAUUCUGGAAAGAAGCCAGAGAAUAUGGUAAUGGAGGCGUGGUGUGAGGCACCCCAUUGCAUCAUAUUUGUAUAUGUCAAGGGUGGAUCAAGCUGAAUGGGGAAAGUGCAAAUUGUCAUAUUUCAGUCCCUAGCAGUAGUCCAGGGAUGAUGCUCCCACCCCACGGUCUGACUGCUUCCUUGCACCCAUUGUUAGCACCUUGUAGUUCCAACCUCCAAACUGCAAACUCUUGAAGACCUUUAAUCUCCCAAACUGUAUUAACAUAUUAAAAAUGCAAACUCUUCUCUCCCCCCCACAAA